AACAAAUAAAUGAGCAAUUAUCUCAAGAAAAAAAAACCCAGCUGCGCCUCCCGUUUUCUUCCUUGUACCUAUCAGUAACUUGCAGCUGCCACACAGCCCCUGCUAUACAAUAUACAGUGCUGAUCGCCUCUUCCUUGGUUUCUCCCAACCCAACACGUACUUGAACUGGUGUCCAUAUACAUCCAAUUCCAAAGCAUGGAACGUCAAAAGCAAGAGAAAUCUUCACAUCAUCCAUGAGAAACACAUGACUCCUAGCCUAGAGAACAUCAUCACCAGCUAGACGCUACCAUAUACAGUACAGCAUAGCAAUAGCAUGAUCAUGACAAACCCAGCCGCGAUCCUCUCCGUGGCGCUGCUCAUCGUGGGCGUCUCUCUGAUGCUCGCCGUGCACAUCCUAGUUGUUUUCUGGGCUCUACGACGGGGACUCGGCUCCCGCGACACCGGCCAGCACGCCAACCACCAGGACCAGGAGCGCGUGGAGGACGGCCACGGCAGGCGGGGACUGUCGCCCGGCGAGCUCGUCACGCUUCCUUGCCACGACUUCAAGGCUGCGGACGGCGAGGCGGCCGGGGACUGCGCGGUCUGCCUCGAGGCGUUCCAGGCCGGCGACCGGUGCAGGCAGCUGCCGCGGUGCGAGCACUGCUUCCACGCGGAGUGCGUGGACUCGUGGCUGAGGAAGAGCAGCAAGUGCCCGGUGUGCCGUGCCGACGUGGUGGACCGGCCGCCCAAGGGAGAGGCGAAGGCGGCGGCCUCGGGACCAGGGGUCGUGGAGAUGGCGGGGAGGAGAAGCUCGAACGCCGCUUUGGAGAUCGUCACUGAAAGAUAAGGUCGAUCGCCCCAUGGCAGUUGGGAGUUGGGACGACCCAGGGACGGCGCCACGGUGCGUUGGUUGUGCAGGCAUGUGCAUAGUUUCUUUUAAGCCGCACCCCUGCAACUACUCUUUCAUGUGUAAGAUACAUGUAUACCCUUUUUAUCUUGAUUUUACUAUAUGCAUGAUGGUAGAAAUGUUGCCAUGCAUUUGAUCAAUGUGAUACUGUUUACAUAUAUAUAUUUAAUUUCUAGUGUUUUGUUCACUACUAUGUUUAGGCUUUUUAGAGUCGCCAAAACAAUGCUCUCCAGAGCUGGGACGGUAGCAGACGGCGGUCUCUAUUAAGCCCACUUGUAAAAAAUGGUGUGGAGACGGUGAGUUAGACAUCCGUCUCAAAUCUCAAUAAAUAUAAAAACCAUCC